GCCGAACUAAAUAAGAGGGAGAGAAAAAGGAAGAAGGUGAUGGGAAUUAAAAAUGGCCGCAUGUUAUUUUUGAAAUAUUAUUUCUAUGUAAAUGAUGGAGAACGAAACUGGUAAAAAAGUUAAAAAAGGUGUUUUGUCAAGUCGUCUUGGCGGUGGACCUCAUAAUCUAGGUGAUCCUAAUGAUCAAUCUCUGAGAAAAGUCGAGAAAGAUAUUCUGAUACCUAAAAAACUUCGUGAUAAAGCUAGAACUGAAAAGUGUGUCGAUGAAGUUAAAGCUCUUACUGAAUGUGGAAAAGCAGCUGGACUCGUGAUUGUCUUUAAAUGUAGAGAAGAAAAUCAGAAGAUGUGGGAUUGCUAUGAGAAAUGGUACCACGAUCAGGAAUUAAUUGAUCAGUGUACGAAGGAGUAUUUGAGGGAAAGGACAAUAUACCGGCAGACUGGAAUCGGCGCCAAGUACCAGAAGGAACAUGGUCUUACGUAGUUGUAAAUAAUAGUUUAUGUCAUAAAUAUUUUAUAUUUAUUGAAAUGUUUAAAAAUAAAAAAUGAACUAGAUAUCACGUAUAAAAAUUA